CGCUGCUCAAGAGAAAAGACAUAGAUAGCGAAGUCGUGGGUGGUUCCCCACAGUAAGGACAAGGCUACUGGAUACAUACACAGCUUAGAAGCAUAGAAAAGAGCGACACCUAAUGGAAGGUGACUGAAACUUGUUUCCAUAUUAUGCAACACAGUGACACCUAGAGCAUAAUGGGAUUUUCCUGCACUUCCUGUAAAUGGCCAGCAGAUGGCGAAAAAGGUAAAAGUGCAGAACAAAAUCAGGAGACCAGAAGACGAGACACCCCUGGGUUACACUAGGAGGUCAGUUUACUUGAAAAUGGAUUUUUCUUAUAACGCCCGCACUGAAGAACUGCAGGAAAUCAAUUCUGACCACUCUUUUGAGAUGAUCACUGAUGAUGAAUUAAAAGAAAUUAACUCUGCUUUAGAAGAUGGUGACCUCUGUGAAGUAACGGAAAGACUCAACCAACACCUUAAGGAAAUAGAAAAUGCCCCAUUAAGCAUCGCCGUCACAGGGGAGUCAGGAUCAGGAAAGUCAACUUUUAUUAAUGCCAUCCGUGGUAUGGAUGAUGAAGAAGAAGGUUCUGCCCAAACUGGUGUGGUGGAGACAACGAUGGAGCCAAUACCUUACACCCAUCAGGAUUAUACUAAUGUAAGGUUUUGGGAUCUUCCAGGAAUAGGAACUCCAAAUUUUAAAGCAGCCGAUUAUCUAGAGUCUGUGCAGUUUCGUCAAUAUGACUUUUUCAUCAUCAUGUCAUCAGAACGCUUCAAGCAAAACGACAUUGACCUGGCAAAGGAGAUCCAAGCUAUGGAUAAGAAAUUCUACUUUGUUAGAUCCAAAGUUGACUCCGACUUGCAUGCCUCCCAGGUACGGAGGAAGAAGACUUACAAAGAAGAGGCCAUACUUAAAGAAAUCCGAGAUAACUGCAUUAAACAUCUCAAUGAUGGGGGAAUCGCCAAGCCCCAAGUGUUUCUCCUCUCAUGCCUGGACCUGGACAAGUACGACUUCCAUGAAAUGCAGAAUACUCUAGAAAAGGAGCUUCCGGAACACAAGAAACACAUAUUCCUGAUCUCUCUACCCAACAUUUCUCUGCCAAUUCUUGAGAAGAAGCGCGAGGCUCUGAGGAAAUACAUCUGGAUGUGGUCUACUCUUUCUUGUGCAGUGGCUGCAGUCCCAAUCCCAGGACUGUCUAUAGCUUGUGAUAUAGGAAUUCUGAUAAAAGCUAUGAAGGACUACAGAAGUGCCUUUGGCUUGAAUAAGCAGUCACUAGAAAGGUUGGCCGACAAGUGUGGUAAAGAUGUCAGUGAGUUACGAUCUGUGAUAAAGUCCCCUUUAGUUAUACAAGAGAUAAAUAAAGAACUUGUCAUCAAAUUACUAAGCAAAGGGGUCGUAGGGGCUCUCAUGGUAGUUGAGUAUGCUGUAAGCAAUAUCCCAGUGCUAGGUAGCAUGGCAGCAGGGGGCAUCUCAUUUGGUACCACAUACUGGAUGCUCCAUGGAUUCCUUAAAGAGAUUGCUGAUGAUGCAGUGAGAGUUCUUAGAAAGGCAUUAGAGUCAGACGUGUAAGAAUAUUUCUUUCUAAGAAUAAGAUAUGGAAUAAAACAAAAGUUUUAUAGAUAGUAAUUAAUAUCCGGUUAAAUGAUUUAUAUAGGGUGUAAGGCAAUAAAUUAAUUCCAAUUUGUUUACCUUGUAUGCACGAGUUCACUAUUGUUCCUUUGACUUCUUGAAUUUAUCCUUUUUUUUUUUCAUAUAGAAAAUUAAAGAGAAUUUGUCAUCAGUAUUGUCCACACUAACCUGUGGGUAGAGGCUUGUAGUGAGGUUGACACCAAUGAAAAUGAUACUUGAAGUUCUUGGCUCCAUGCCUCAGUUCGUCUGUAAUUCCCGUUAUUAGGUAUAUGCUAAUGACGUCCAGUCGGCAUCCUCAUAGUAACGUCUCCUCCCCUGUGCUGAGGCUCCUAUGCUGCAAAGUGGAGCUCCACUCUGCAUCUAGACUCUGUCCUCUGCUGUGAAAUCUCUCUUGCGCGCAGAGCGGUUUUAGUAAAUUUUGGCUGUGGCUGCCGCUAUUGCGCACGCAAAGGGUCUAGUUGCAGAGAAGAGCUUCAUUCUGCAGCGUAGGACGUGUUUUGGUCUUCACUCCGUCAAUCUUUUUAUGAUGUUUGUGUAUUGAUUUGUCUAUUCUCAUAAAGGGAGAGGUAUAGUAUUACAGCAAUCUAGCAAUCUUCUUAUAGGGAGUUAAUUUUUUGUAGGUUUGAUCGGUUAAUUUUUUGCCUUCCAUGCAAUGAUGUAUUUGGGUCAUAUGUAGGUGUAUAUUUUGUGGUAAUGUCAGUAACAGGGGUGGGAUUGUGGCUACCUAUGAUUUGUUUAGUGUAAUUUCUACUUAAUUUAUUAAUCAUGUAGUUUUAUAAAAUGUAAAUUGUAAUAUUAAAGCAUAUUUAUUUCCAGAUAUUUGUUUGA